AUGUAUCAUCAGUUGCAACUCUAUCAAUUACAAACUUCGACACGUAUUUACCGAAGUCAACUGAUGGCGAAAGAGGAAAUUCAUAGAUUAAAGAGAAACAUCGGUCAGUUUAUUUCUCUUAAUUCGUUUCUAUCGACGACCGGACAACGUGAAACCGCAUUGUUCUUCAGGGGCGAACGCGAUCCGACGGACAAUCUAGAACGGGUUUUAUUCGAGAUCGACGCCGAUCCUCGUGUUGUGUCGAUGAAACCAUUUGCUGAUAUUUUCUCUGAUAGUGAUGUUCCCCUUGAAACUGAAGUACUUUUCAUGUUAGGAUCGAUAUUUCGUCCUAAUAAUGUCAGUCUCGAAGACGAUCCCUUAUGGAUCAUCACGAUGAUGUUGUAUAGCGAUAAUGAUCAUGACUUGAAACAAGUCUUAUCGCAUAUGAAAGAUCAAAAUGGGAAUGGCAAAGCAGUUCUUUCAACUUUAGUGAAGAUUAUUUGGAAAAUGGGAAAAUUUAACUUAGCCGAAAAAUACUAUCUUCGAUUGAUCGGUGAAAUUCCAUCGAAUAAUAAUCCAUCUCUCAUCAAAUUGUAUGGAGAUCUCGGUGAUAUAACUUCACAUAAAGGUCAUUAUGACGUCAGUAUUCAAUGGUAUAAUAAGACAUUGGAAAUUCGAGAAAAAUAUCCAUCGUUCAAUGCUUAG